AGACGUUUAAGAGCUAAUGACAGAUCUUUCAAUUUAUCUCAUGGCUAUGCUAACAAUGCCAUCAGGACCUCCAAAUACAACAUCUUCACCUUCCUGCCGCUUAAUUUAUUUGAGCAGUUCAGAAGACUCGCUAAUGCCUACUUCCUCUUCCUUCUUAUCCUUCAGUUAAUCCCACAAAUCUCCUCUUUGUCGUGGUUCACCACAGCCGUCCCUUUGGUUUUUGUGCUGUCUAUAUCGGCAGUCAAGGAUGCCAAUGAUGACAUAAACAGACACAAAUGUGACAGACAAGUGAAUAACCGAAAGGUGGACGUCCUCGUGGAUGGCCAACUAAAAAAUGAAAAAUGGAUGAAUGUUCAGGUUGGGGACAUAGUCAAACUGGAGAAUAAUGAGUUUGUCACAGCAGACCUUCUGUUGCUGUCUAGCAGUGAGCCCCUUAAUUUAGUUUAUGUGGAAACAGCUGAAUUAGAUGGAGAAACUAAUCUGAAGGUAAAACAGGCUCUGACUGCAACCGGAGAGUUGGGAGACAACAUUGAGGCAUUGGCUGCCUUUAAUGGUGAAGUGCGAUGUGAACCUCCCAACAACCGUCUGGACAAGUUCAAAGGGACCCUGACAGUGAACAAUGACAUCUAUGCUUUGGACAAUGACAAAAUGCUGCUCAGAGGCUGCACUCUCAGGAACACUGAGUGGUGCUUCGGUUUGGUAAUUUUUGGAGGUCCUGACACUAAGCUGAUGCAGAACAGCGGAAAGUCAGUAUUCAAACGGACCAGCAUUGAUCACCUGAUGAAUAUCCUUGUGCUGUGUAUCUUCGGUUUCCUGGCAUUUAUCUGUGCCAUUAUGGCCAUUUUAAAUGCAUUCUGGGAAGCAAACGAGGGCUCUUUGUUCACUGUGUUUCUUCCUCGCGAAGAGGGCAUUGAUGCUCAUCUCUCAUCAUUCCUCACCUUCUGGUCUUAUGUCAUCGUUCUUAACACAGUGGUACCAAUUUCUCUCUACGUCAGCGUGGAAGUCAUUCGUCUGGGAAACAGCUUCUUCAUAGACUGGGACAGGAAGAUGUACUAUCCUAAGAAAGAUACUCCAGCUCAGGCAAGAACCACCACACUCAGUGAGGAGCUAGGCCAGAUUAAAUACAUCUUCAGUGACAAGACUGGCACUCUGACACAGAACAUCAUGACUUUCAACAAGUGCUCCAUUAAUGGAAAAGCUUACGGGGACCUCUAUGAUUUCUCUGGACAAAGAGUGGAAAUUACAGAGAGGACAGAAAGAGUGGACUUCUCCUGGAACAAUCUGGCUGAUCCAAAGUUCAGCUUUCAUGACCACAGUCUGGUGGAGAUGGUGAGAAGUGGAAACCCUGAGACUCAGGAGUUCUUCCGCUUGCUAUCCCUGUGUCACACUGUCAUGCCUGAGGAAAAGAAAGAGGGAGAGCUCAAUUAUCAGGCUCAGUCACCUGAUGAAGGCGCUCUGGUAACUGCUGCAAGAAACUUUGGAUUUGUGUUCCGAUCACGCACACCAGAAACCAUCACAGUCGUAGAGAUGGGCAGACAAGUCAUCUAUGAACUUCUGGCUGUUCUGGACUUCAAUAAUGUGAGGAAGAGGAUGUCAGUGAUAGUGCGUGGCCCAGAGGGGAAGUUGACUCUAUACUGCAAAGGUGCAGACACCAUCAUCUUGGAAAGAUUGGACCCCUCCUGUAACAAACUGAUGAAGCUGACCACAAAUCACCUCAAUGAGUAUGCAGGUGAUGGCCUCCGUACACUGGCUUUGGCCUACAAGGAUUUAGAUGAGAGCUACAUGAAAGAUUGGGCACAGCGCCACCAUGAGGCCAGCAUCGCCAUGGAGGGACGUGAAGAAAAACUUGAUGAGCUUUAUGAAGAGAUAGAGAAAGAUAUGAUGUUGUUGGGAGCGACAGCUGUGGAGGACAAGUUGCAAGAUGGUGUGCCACAGACCAUUGAGCAACUGGCUAAAGCUGACAUCAAAAUAUGGGUGUUAACUGGAGAUAAGCAAGAGACAGCAGAAAACAUUGGCUAUUCCUGUAACAUGCUAAGAGAGGAGAUGAAGGACAUCUUCUUUGUUUCAGCAAACACUGCUGAAGGAGUCAAAGAGGAGCUACUGAAUGCUCGAAGGAAAAUGUGUCCAGAAGCAGCAGAGGAGCCAUCUGUGACUACAUCCCGCGGAGGCCUGUUUUGGGUUGAGAAAAUGGAGACUGUGCAGGAUGAGAAGGUGGAUGGAGAAUAUGGCCUAAUUAUAAAUGGACACAGUUUGGCCUUUGCACUGGAGAAGAACUUGAGGUUGGAGCUGCUGAGGACAGCAUGCAUGUGUCAGACAGUGAUUUGCUGCAGGGUCACUCCUUUGCAGAAGGCCCAAGUGGUUCAGCUGGUCAAGAAAUACAAGCAGGCUGUCACUCUUGCCAUUGGGGAUGGAGCCAAUGAUGUCAGCAUGAUAAAGGCUGCUCAUAUUGGUGUAGGUAUCAGUGGACAGGAAGGCAUGCAGGCAGUUCUGUCCAGUGACUAUUCCUUUGCCCAGUUCCGUUACCUUCAGCGCCUCCUGCUGGUGCAUGGCCGCUGGUCCUACAUCCGCAUGUGCAAGUUCCUUGGAUAUUUCUUUUACAAGAACUUCACUUUUACCCUUGUGCAUUUCUGGUACGCCUUCUUUUGCGGUUUCUCAGCACAGACUGUGUAUGACGAGUGGUUCAUCACCUUCUACAACACAAUUUACACAGCUCUUCCUGUCCUCGGCUUGAGCCUCUUUGAACAGGAUGUAAAUGAUCGCUGGAGUUUACAGCACCCUCAGCUCUACGCUCCAGGCCAGAAGAACCAAUACUUCAAUAAGAAAGCUUUUGUGAGGUGUGUGAUGCACAGCUGCUACAGUUCCUUGAUCCUCUUCUUUAUUCCCUGGGCUUCCAUGCAUGACACAGUCAGAGAUGACGGAAAAGACAUUGCCGACUAUCAGUCGUUUGCUUUACUGGCACAGACCUGCCUGCUUAUUGUGGUGUUCGCACAGCUGUUUCUUGACACCUAUUACUGGACAGCAAUAAACCAAUUAUUUGUGUGGGGAAGUAUUGCGGUCUACUUUGCCAUCACAUUCACCAUGUACAGCAGCGGCAUGUUUUUGAUCUUCACGUCUGCUUUCCCCUUCACUGGCACAGCAAGAAACUCUUUGAACCAGCCUAACAUAUGGCUCACCAUAUUCCUGAGUUCGCUCCUCUGUGUCCUGCCUGUGGUAGCAUUUCGUUUCAUUCUCAUACAGCUUCGUCCUACCAUCAAUGACGAGGUGAGAGCUAAGGCGCGAAAAGAGGCAUUGCCAGCACCUGCUCCUCGUCGCACACUGAAAAAGCGUGUCACCAGGCGGUCAGGCUAUGCUUUCUCACACUCUCAGGGCUAUGGUGCUCUGGUAAUGUCUCAAAAAUUCCUGCUGAAAGGACACAUGAGAAGGCUAGCUCUGUUUGACCACACAGAUUCUCCCAUGGUUCAAAAUCAGCCACAGCACUACCGCACUAUUACUGAGGAGUCAGAGUCACAGAGCCCAUAG